AAUCUUCGGAUUACCAGGGGACUAUAACCUCCGCUUGCUGGAUUAUGUCGCUCCCUCACGUCUCCACUGGGUUGGCAAUUGCAACGAGCUGAAUGCGGGGUAUGCAGCCGAUGGAUAUUCCCGAAUCAAGGGUGAGAUUUCUUAAUUCAAUCGGAGAUGCACUCUAAACCUCGCUAGGCAUCGGUGCCCUUGUCACCACCUUUGGAGUGGGAGAAUUGUCGGCUGUGAACGCCAUCGCCGGCGCCUACGCGGAAAGAGCGCCCGUCGUACACAUUGUCGGAACCCCCCUACGCGAGUCCCAGGAGUCGCGCGCUCUCAUUCACCACACCUUCAGCGACGGGGAGUAUGGCAGAUUUGAUCGCAUGCAGGAACAUAUCACUGUCGCGCAGUCCAUUCUGACGGAUCAUCGCACCGCCCCUGCGGAGAUCGACCGGGUCUUGCGGGAAUGUCUCCUUCACAGCCGACCGGUGCGCAUCACUAUUCCAGAUGAUAUGGUCGCCCUGCGUGUACCUACCAUUACCCUCGAAACAAAACUCCGUGUUCCCUUGCCGGUGCACCAACCCCAGAUCGAAGAGAAGGCUCUGCGUGCGGUUCUUGAUCGGAUCUAUAAUGCGAAGAGCCCUAUGAUCCUCGUUGAUGGGGAAAGCAGAUCGGCUAGAAUCCUUGACGAGGUUGAUUAUCUGGUCAAAUCGACAGAAUGGCCUACCUUCACCUCGGGGUUUGGCAAGAGCUUGAUUGAUGAGUCCCUGCCGAAUGUAUACGGUGUCUUUACGCCCCAGCGCAAAGAGUUCGUCGAUUCUUGCGACCUGGUUCUCUGCUUCGGCCCACACUUCAGCAACACGAACACAUUCAUCUUUCAGACCCUCCCUACUGAUCCGGAAGCCACCGUCUUGAUCAAUCACGCUUCUGUUCAGGUUGGGGGUGAGAUCUUCCGCGACCUGCCAGCUAACUACUUCCUUCCACAGCUCAUCGGGCAAGUUGAUCUGUCGAAGAUAGCCAAACCCACCCCCAAGCUCGUUCACCCCAAGUCUGUGGAACGACCAACAGGAUCAAACACGGAUCUUGUAACUCAUAAUUCUGGCUUCUGGUCCAGGAUCUCCUCCUUCUUCCGCGAAGGCGACAUCAUCCUUGCCGAGACCGGAACCGCAGGGUACGGCGCCAAUGAGUUCUUCCUUCCCCCUAAAGCGCGUCUCUUUAAGCCUGUCACUUGGUUAUCGAUCGGAUACAUGCUUCCAGCCACGCUGGGUGCCAGUCUGGCACAGCGGGACCUUAUUGCGCGUUCCGAAUACUACGACCUCCUCGAAGCUCGAACCAUCCUGUUUAUUGGCGACGGAAGCUUCCAGCUGACGACACAGGAACUAGCUACAAUCAUCCAUAAGAAACUCAAUGUGAUCAUCUUCCUUCUGAAUAAUGAUGGCUACACUAUUGAGCGGUGCAUUCACGGCCGGAACCAAGUUUAUAACGACAUCACCCCCUGGCGGUAUCUGAAGGCACCCGAGUUCUACGGCGCCCCGACAGAAGGUGAAUAUGCCGCCCAUACAUGGCAGGUCCGAACAUGGGGGGAUCUCGAAAAGGCCCUGACAGAUGAGAAGAUGUUGAAUGGGAAGGGAGUACGGAUGGUGGAGGUGUUUAUGGAGAAACUCGAUGCGCCCUUGCCUUUGCUGGGGGUCUUGGACAUGCAGAUCCAGAGAGAGAGAGAGAGAGAGACGGCCGGCCGGCCAAUUCAUUAACCCUCUUGUAGUCGGAGGGACAUGGCUAUAUUGAUCUUUAUGUAGGCUGAAAGUCAUGCUCUGAGUAGUAAACUUGUUCAGCACACCCCAAGGUCAUAGUCAAUAUAUUUGCUGCGGUUGCAGUUCCAUACGAAACCCAAAAACAAGCCGUGCUAAAUCACUACCCUAUUUACAUAAAGAUGAACCACUGCAGACAAUACAGUAGUUUUACCCCCCUCGUGCCGCGACAUACUCUGCCCCAAUCUCAUUCAUCUCCGGGCUCUUCGUCCCCCGGCGCCGCAGCAGAAAAAAUGCUGCUGCCGCAACCAGUGCAAUUACGCCGGCCACGCCUCCUACGACGCCACCUGCAAUCGCUCCCGUGUUAUUCGAUGACCCUGAUAGUGCCGACGCCGCUUCGGGGGAUACUGUGUCAGUCUGUGUGGAUGUGGGCAUAGUUGGCGCGCCUGCAGUGGAGGGAGAGAUGGAUUCGAACGUUGUGGUUGAAUCCCGGGUUGUUGUCG